CUCCGCGCCGGCUCCCGCCCGGGCCGCUCCCGCCGACCGUUGGCCGGGCUGCCGAAGCCCCUCCUUCAGGACCCCCGCCUCCGGGCCGCUCUGGCGGCGGCGACCCAUGUGGGGGUUACGACUCCUGCGGUCGCCGCCGCUGCUGCUCUUGCUGCCGCAGCUCGGGAUCGGAGCCGCCUCGUCCUGCUCUCAGGCCAGAACCAUGAACUCGGGCGGCGCGCGAUGCUCCCCGGCCGCCGAGGGGUGCCGCCGGCAGUGUCUGCGGCUGUCCACGGUGCCGGGAGCCGAGCCGCAGCGCAGCAAUGAGCUGCUGCUGCUGGCGCCCGCGGGGGAGGGACGGGAGCGGCGGGGCCUCCCCGGGGACCCGGCGAAGGAGGAGCCGCAGCCGCCGCCCCAGCAUCACGUCCUCUACUUUCCCGGGGAUGUGCAGAAUUAUCAUGAAAUUAUGACUCAUCAUCCUGAGAACUACCAGUGGGAAAACUGGAGUCUAGAAAAUGUUGCCACCAUUUUAGCCCACCGAUUCCCCAAUAGUUAUAUUUGGGUGAUAAAGUGUUCCCGAAUGCAUUUGCACAAAUUCAGCUGCUAUGACAAUUUUGUGAAAAGCAACAUGUUUGGUGCUCCAGAACACAAUACUGACUUUGGAGCUUUUAAACACCUCUAUUCUUUAUUAGUUAAUGCUUUUAACUUAAGUCAUAACAGUUUAUUAUCGAAGAAUGUGAAUGUUUGGAAGAAGGACUCCAAAACAUCUAACUGUAGAUCCAGUUCUUCUACUACUAAUGGCUGCCAGGGAGAAACAGAGAGGACCUGUGAACAAUUUGAUGAGUCUGCCAUGAGUUUUCAUCCACCUUCACUAAAUGGUGCAUCUUUUACUUUGAUUGGAUUCAGUAAAGGUUGUGUUGUUCUGAAUCAGUUGCUUUUUGAAUUGAAAGAAGCCAAGAAAGACAAGAAUAUAGAUACUUUCAUCAGAAGCAUAAGAAUGAUGUACUGGUUGGAUGGUGGUCACUCUGGAGGAAGCAAUACUUGGGUUACUUAUCCAGAAGUCUUGAAAGAAUUUGCACAAACAGGGAUUAUUGUUCACACCCAUGUAACACCUUACCAAGUACGUGAUCCCAUGAGAUCUUGGAUUGGAAAAGAGCACAAGAAAUUUGUUCAGAUACUUGAGGAUUUUGGUAUGCAGGUGACUAGCCAAAUUCAUUUUGCAAAGGAAACUCCUUCCAUAGAAAAUCACUUUAGGGUUCAUGAAGUAUUUUGAGACUUCGAGUACACUCAUGUACUCAACUUAGUGGAAGAACAUAAGCACUUUCAGUGUUACAAAUUCAGAUAAUGAGAUAUUAUUCAUAAGUGCAUUGAUUCAGAUGAGAUAUAAUAUAUAGAUGCAUUGAAUCAGAUAAUGAGAAGUAAUUCAUAGGUGCAUUAUCAUUUUGGGGAUGGGGUAAGCACACAUUCCUAAAAUAUGAGUGUUAUGUGCAAUAGUAUUAUUUGCUUGUGAAUGUGAGCAGUUUUAAAUUUGGAUUGGGUUAGAAUUAGUUAAUUUGAAAUCUAAAAAAGUGGUUUGUGAUAAUCCUUUGAGAAAAUAUAAAAGAAAGUUAUUAAAUAGUCCCUUGAAAAGAUAACUAACAUUGUGUUUGUUGGAAUUAGUUGAUUUUCUGAGUAACGCUUUCAAUUAAUUUUGAUGACAUUAAAACAGUAUUAGCUCAGAAACUUAAGAAUAUUUCCUUUCUCUUCAAACAGAGCAAAGCACAGUUUCCCAUCAUUUUGGAAUUAACUAUUCUGCCUCUUGUGUUACCUAACUCAGACACAUUCUUAAUGUGUCACCAAGUGUUUUUUUUCUUCUUGAGCGUCAAAAUAUAUUUGAUUACAAAUAUCUAAGAAUGUGCAAUAGUGUAAAGUUUUUUUUUUUCAAUAUUACACCUCAGCACUGUGGCUUAAUUUUUCUUUUUAAAUAUUUAUUUGAGAGAUAGGGAAAGAGCUCCUAUCACUGGCUUACUACCCAAAAGCCUGGGGCUGCUGCAACCAGACCAGGCUGAUGCUGCAAGCCCAGAACUCAGUCUGGGUGUCCCAUGUGGGUGGCAAGAACCCAAUUUAUUUGGGCCACCACCACUGCCUCUCAGCGUUUAAAUUGGUAGAAAGUAGAAGUGGGAGCUGGAGCCAAGCAUUGAACCCAGGUACUCCAGUGUGGGACACAGAUAUCUCAAUCAGUGACUUCACCUCUAGGCCAGCUGCUGACCCCAUUGCUUAAUUUUUAAUUGACAAUUUUUAAUUAAUUAUUUUGGAUAAGACAGUUUGAGGUUUCUUGAAUCUUGGCCAAAAACCAGUUGUUUUGGAAAAACUGGUUUAAAUUGAGCAUAAUUAUGUAUAUUGGGUAAAAAUAUACUACAGAGCAGAUUUCAGAUUUUUCAUUAUAUCAAUCUUUUGAAAGAGAUCAACUUUGGUAAAAUAAAUAUAUAAUGCUGUAUUUGUUAGUGCUCCAUUGAAAAGGAGACAGAUUCCACAGACCUAAAUCAAUGUUCCUCUAGAAGCAUGAUUUUGUCUGCCAAAAGAAAAUAGCUCUCUUUGGCCAAAAUGCAAAAUUAUAUUGCUAUAAGAAAAGUUAUAAGGGAAAGUUUGAAGACACAAAUGAUUUAGUUUUGGCUCAAAAACUGAAUUUGCUUAACACUGCUACAUAAUUUGGGGGAAGUUUCCUUCUGCCCGUUUUUCUUGACCUAGAUAAAUACAUUUUGAGAAACCAAGAUCUAAUGAAUUUCAGCCUACUUUGAAGCAAUGGUGUGUUUACAAUAAAAGGUGACCAGUCACUUUUUUGUUGUUUAUUAAUAAUUAGCUUUUGCAGGUCAUGAGGUAACUAAGCAGGGAAGUAACAUGCUGCUUUAGGACUGAGAAAAAAUACACUGAGGCUUAAUUUUAAUCCAGAGGACCUAUAUUUACAAAACAAUAAAAAAUAAAAAUGUUAACUUCUUGGUUUCUUCUCAGAAUUACACUUAAUGACUCUAUACAUACAUUCCAAGUAUUCAGAGACUCAUAAGAUUCUUACCAAAUGCUUAAAAAUCUUUUUGGUGUUUUAAUAAUUUUAUACACUACAGAAGUGUAUUUUUUAAGAUAAAAUAGUUUUGUAUUACUUCAGUUUCUUUAAAUACCUGCUGUUUCUUUUGAGACCAAAUAUUUCUAUUAAGUCAGCCUGAUUUUAACAUACUGUGCCUACAAAGCACUAUGAUUGGAUGGCUUUUUUUCAAUUUAAUAAUCCUAGGUUAAGUUCUUGUUUCUAAUGUAAAAUAGCUGAGUUACUGACUGUUCUAUGGAGUGGGGAAGGAAGGACAUUUAUUUUCAUGGGAUUAACAAAUGAAAAGGCAGGACUUUCAGAGGACAUUCAUUUAAAAAUUUUCAGGUAUUUAAAAAUUUGGGUGCUUCAGCUAUCCAGUCCUGUGAAUGCUUAAUUACAAUUUUGUAUGUUGAAUGGAUAUUAAGAAUAACUAACUGAGAAUACAGAACUUCCAUCAUCUCAAAAUAAGGUAACAAGGGAAAGUAAAAUUAUUUUCUGGAACAAAUAUAUAUAUAUAUAUCAAGUUGAUCAAUACUCAAAUGUUUUCAGUCUUAACAUUUCAAACUGGUCCUUUCUCUACCUUUGUUUAAAAUUGUUACUGUAAUUGUUAAUGUAUCCUUUUGAAUUGUGCCUUUGUUGUGAGUCAGUUGAGAAAAGUAGUCUUACAAAUACUGUGAAAGUUGUUACCCCCAAAGCAUGAAUGUAUAAUUGUAUUAAAAGUAAUAAUCCACA